CCGCAUCCGACCGCCUAAAGGGGACUCGACUAUUCAGGUAACCCCUUCUCCUUCCGCUUCGAAAUCACGAUCAAACUCCACAUGGCAACCCCGUCCCCUCCUCCACCCGUCAAGCCCGACCUCCGCCCCGCCCCGCCCCCUCCUCAACCGUCGCAACCAUCUCCCACCGUCGAACAAGAACACCAACACCACCUCCCAAUCGCGCCCAAUCUACCAACCCAAACCCCAUCACAACCACAACAGCAACAACAACAAAAGCUGCCCGAUUUCAUCAAUUACAUCGCCGACCUCCGGAACCUCUCCCCCGCCCUCUCCGCCUUCCACCGCCGCUACGACGAGCUACACGAGCACCUCGACUUCAUCAGAACCUCCAUCGACUCCCAAUUGCUCCAACUCCUCGAUACAGAGGUCCUUCCAAAUGUUGAAAUCCUUCCUCCUGCAGACCAAUCAGUACUUGCUCCAAUUGUUGAAGAAUUAGGUAAAUCUGAAGAACAACAAUCGCAAGAUGAUGUUACCCCCGAGUCAUCUCAAUCGGAGAUCGAAACAAUCUGCAAGACCAUGUGUUUUCGUAGCCUCCGGAAGUAUAUAAUAUCGAAUCUUUCGAAUUUGGCCAAACUUCGCGAAGAAGUGCCUUUGGCAUUGAAGCUUGCUUCGAACCCAGCGAAGCUCGUGUUGGAUUGUUUCGGGCGUUUUUUCCUUCAGGGAAUCAAAGCCUAUUAUAAGGACUCACCUAUGAUUCCGUCUAGAAAAGCGUCGGUUUUGGUUUUGGAAUAUUUUCUGCUAAUGGGAUUUGAUAGUGGGGAGAUCGAGGAUGCAGUUAAACAAGAGGCGGAGUCGUCCGCAGUGGACUGGAAGAAGCGGCUUAUGACUGAAGGUGGUUUGGUUAAGGCUUGUGAGACUGAUGCUCGUGGAUUGUUGCUUUUGAUUGGUUGUUUUGGGAUACCUAAAGUGUUCAAGUAUGAAGAUAUUUGGGAUUUGAUUCGGGCUGGGAAUGUGAUAGAGAUAUCUGAUGUCCUCCGGAGGUCAAAUGUCCUUCUCACAAAAAUUCCAGAUAUAAUUGAGUGGAUGGUGAAGAAUAAAAUGGAAGUAGAAGCUGUUGAUGUUAUGUAUACUUUUGGGAUGGAGAGCAGGUUCCUUCCUGUGAAAAUUCUGAAAUCUUUCUUACUUGAGGGUAAACAAACUUGGAAGAAAACAAAACAAGCGUCAGAGGGUUCAGUAUCGAUUGUGAACAACGGAAAUAAAAGGCAGCUGGCUGAUAUGAAACUUGUACUCAAGUGUUUGAAAGAUCACAAGAUGGAUCCGUCAAAGGUUCUCAACGGAUGGCACCUCGAAGAAAAGAUAUCUAAACUCGAGAAAAAAAUAUCCGAACUGGAUAAGAAAAUCAAAGAGCAGGUUAAAUCAAAGAGAAAAGAAGCAGAUGAAGCAGGGCCCUCACAUAAGGCAAAAAGCCAAGACCUAAAACGAGCACGAGUAGCCGAUAGCAGGCCACAUGUGGAUUAUAUUGAAAGGAACUUGUUGGAUGGCGGUAUUCCUCAGUUCAGUAAUACUUAUUCCGCUUACUCAUCUUUAGCGGGACCCAAGGCCGGAAUAAGGGUCGCUGAAGUUCUGACGCCGGGAUCUUAUGCCACAGCGUUUCAUGGUGGCAUUCCAGUUGAUAGGGUGGGGCAAAUCAGUAAUUAUAGCAGUGUUCAGCCUUACGGGUGGCGUGGGGAAGCGUCCUUAAAUGAAAGGUUAGUUAGUCGUAGCUAUGUGGAGCCCUCGGCCCAUGGUGCCAAUGGGUUGUAUGGGGCGGCAGCAACGGUGGCGGAGAGCUAUGCGGGGUUGUCAAAUCCCUCGUCUAUUGGUGCUUCUUAUCGGACCUCAACAUCGGAUCUUUACCAGUUCGCCGAUACAAUUGUGGACAGAGAAACAUAUGGUGGUUCUCGAACAGGUGCUAGUGCUACCAUCCCCCCUCUUCCUAUUGCCUCUGCUCAUCAUCCGACUUACUAUUACUGAGUGAAUUUCAUGAUCCUUGUUUUUGGCAGUUUCAAUGUUUGUGUAUUAGGAUAUUCUCUAGUCUCUACCAGCUCGUGGCUGAUGGGAAUUUUUUUUCCGCUCGGCACAAUGGCUGACGGGAAUUGAGUCAAACAUUGUGGAGAAAAUGGAAUUUUAGCCUUUUCGACUUGUAGACUUGAUCUGUUUUAGACUUGCUGCUGAACAACACUUGAUCUAGAUUUUGUCUUUGCUUUGCAA